UUUGUGGCUGCGAUCACAUCCAAGGAAAAGUCUUUUCAAUGAAGUUGUAUUUAUUACUUACAAUUUUCUCAGUUCUCGCAAUUGGCAGCAAUUGCACUAAAACUAAAUUUGAGGACUUUUUGUAUGUCAGUUCCACGUCCGGACUGCUGCAACUAUGGAAUAUCGAAAAGCAAUUAAUGCUGGAGGUUAGAGGUUAUGCAGAUGCGUUGCAGGAGAAAUUGGAAACACUUAAGCUGCACUUGAAAACACUCUAUCACACUUCAUAUCCAACCGUAGCUGCAAGGGAAAAGUAUGUUACGAAUCCUCUGAAGGCAUUUAAAUUACUGCGACGCAUCUACGAAGACUGGAUUCAUUUGCAGAAGUACACAAAGCUUAAGCCGGGCAAAGCUACUUUGGAGGCAAUGAAACAACUGCUUGAGGAUAAGCCAACAUGGCUGGACAUGCGGGAGACUCUGAGGGGAAUCAGUCGCAUUGAACAGACAUAUGACUUGAAGCCCGUUGACAUAGCCGAAGGACGACUGCAGGACAAGGAAUUCAAUAAGAAGCUUUCCUUGCGGGACUGUUUGGCCAUUGCUACUCAUAAAUACGAGGAGGGCGACUACACCAGAUCGGCAAUCUGGUAUCGACUGGCUAUGAACAUUAAAGAUGAACCCAAUUCUAAUGUAUACGAUGAAGUAAUUGGAAAACCAGCUUCAGGAUUGAGACGAAAGUUUGCCAUGUCAUGUCUAAUGCAUGCUACCAAAAUACGUUAUCCCACUUACACACAUAAAAAACUACUGGCAGAAGUCGAAGCUUUCUUGGCCAAAACGAGUUCAAUUGAGUUGGAGAACUACAUAAGAAAGCGACUAGCUCAGGGUGUAGAACAAUUUGUAGAGGAAGCGAACAAAAUCAAACAGCCAACCUCAAACCAUGAACGCGGAUGUCGAGGACAGUUUAUCAAGAAAACCAAUCUCAAUUGCCGUUACAAUUUCACAACACAUCCUUUCUUGCGUUUGGCUCCCUUUCGAAUGGAAGAAAUCAAUCACGAUCCUUACAUCGUCAUGUUCCAUAAUGUGAUCUCCGAUCAUGAAAUAGAGGAAAUGAAAAGUCUGGCAGUGGAGAUGUAUAAUGGGUACUCGGGAAGUUUCACACCGAAUCAAACCGAAAAAAUCGAAAUUGUGGCACAUAUACACUGGUUGAGGGAUAAUUCGCCCUUCCUUUUGCGACUUAAUCAGCGCAUCUCAGACAUGACUGGACUGGAUGUGAGAGAGUUUCCGGCUCUUCAAGUCGGCAAUUUCGGACUAGGAGGAUAUUUUAAACCACAUUAUGACUUUAUGUAUGGAACUCGGGUGACAAAGGAUACUUUGGAUGGACUAGGCGAUCGGAUCGGUAGCGUUAUCUUCUAUGCUAGCGAUGUACCACAAGGAGGACAGACAACCUUUCCCGAAAUUCAGAUAUCAGUUCAACCACAAAAGGGCAGCAGUUUAUUCUGGUAUAAUAUAUACGAUGAUGGCACUCCAAUCAAACGUACUCUGCACUCAGUGUGUCCUGUCAUUGUGGGUUCCAGAUGGACUCUCACGAAAUGGUUCCACAGUGAUCCUCAAAUGUUUAUAAAGCCCUGCAGUCCCAGGAAAAUGACUUAAAAGUUAAAUUUUUACAUUUUCAAGUUAAUGCCUCAUAUUUUUGCUUAAUAAAUUCAGCCUUGAAACGUU